GCACUGCUUCAAAAACUAUAACAACAAUAAUCCAAAUUUUUGUAAUGAAAAUGGUAUAUUAAGUUUUUAAUAUUUUGUAACACGUCUUUGAAAAGUACCGUUUCUAUCCAGAUCAUUUCAUCCACCAUAGCUGCGAGAAGCUUCAGUUUCGACUUUCCCUCUCUUAACGGUUAUGAAUCGGCGCUGCGAUAAGCCGCCGCCAUUGGCAGUUUCCUCCAAGGGGAAGAAGAAGCAUUUUGUCAAUCACACAGCUCCCAACACUCCCGGAAAUUACGAGAGGACUCAGACCAGCCCGACGUUGUCCACGGCUCGAUCGCACGAACCGACGGUCGAUUCCGAUGAUAAGCUCAGCUACGAGAUCUUCUCCAUUCUCGAGAGCAGGUUUCUCUUCGGUUACGAAGACCCAAGGCUAUUAUGGAUUCCUCGUAGCCCAUUACGACCCGGUGAUUCCGAGGCUGGACCUUCUCCGAGAUCGCCGUUGACUCCCAACGGCGUCGUUCUCCCGGGAACGCCGUCAUCGUUCAGGAGUCCGAGAGGGAGAAUCUGCGUUUUGAGCAUCGACGGUGGCGGGAUGAGAGGGCUUUUGGCGGGAAAAUCCCUAAUCUAUCUCGAGCAAAUGCUGAAAGAAAAAUCCGGCGAUCCAAACGCUCGAAUCGCCGAUUACUUCGACGUCGCAGCCGGAUCUGGAGUCGGCGGUGUAUUCUCGGCGAUGAUGUUCGCGACUAGAGACGGUAACCGUCCGAUUUUCAAGGCGGAGGACACGUGGAAGUUCCUCGUGGAGAACGCCGAGGGGUUUUACAGAUCAGGCGGAGGAGGAGGUGGAGGUGGAGCCGGAGCGGCGAUCAAACGGGUCAUAAGAUCCGGAUCCUCUUCGUCUUCCUCUUCUUCAGUAACCGCCGCAACGGCGAAGCUCGAGAAAGCCAUGAAAGCUUCAUUCGCCGAUCUGACGCUCAAAGACACACUGAAACCAAUCCUCAUCUCUUGCUACGAUCUCUCCAGCACGGCGCCGUUUUUAUUCUCACGCGCCGACGCGCUCGAGAGCGACAGUUUCGAUUUCCGUCUCCGAGAUAUCUGCCGUGCCACGUGGGCAGAGCCAGGCACGUUCGAUCCGGUUCGCACGUGCUCCGUCGACGGGAAAACGCGGUGCGUUGCGGUUGGAGGUGGACUCGCGAUGAGCAAUCCGACGGCGGCGGCGAUAACGCACGUGUUCCAUAACAAACAGGAGUUCCCGGCGGUUACGGGAGUGGAGGAUCUGUUGGUGUUGUCGCUUGGGACUGGUCAGCUUUUUGAGGUGAAUUAUGACUACGAGCAGGUCAAGAAUUGGCGGGUAAAAGAAUGGGCUAGGCCCAUGGCUCGAAUCUCUGGUGAUGGAUCCGCUGAGUUUGUUGACCAGGCCGUUGCUAUGGGCUUUGGGCCGUACCGGAGCACUAACUACGUUCGCAUUCAGCAGGCAAACGGAUCGAGGUUAGGAGCUUGUGGGCCGAACGUGGACACGGAUGCAAGAGCAGAGAAUGUGAAGAAACUGACGGAGAUAGCUGAUGAGAUGUUGAAGCAAAACAAUGUGGAAUCGGUUUUGUUCGGAAGCAAAAGGAUCGGAGAAAUGAGCAACUCAGAGAAACUAGAGUGGUUCGCGAGUGAGCUUGUGAUUGAGCAGCAACGACGAAGUGUUAGAGCGUCUCCAACUGUGACGCUAAAGCAAGCUGUCUCCAAAACCAACCGCAACGCUAUAAACGCAACCCUCACUCUCAUAUCUAAAGAAAGAUGAAACGCCUUUAAAGAC